CAGCAGGCUUUGCAGCGGAGUGAGCUUCCUUGUUGCCUGGCAACACUUUCAAACUAACACGGUUGUGAAGAGCCGGGAAAUUGCGGAGCCAAAUUGAGAAGAUAAAAAAAAGCAGCAGCGGAUAAUCUAACAGCGAUAAUGUCUGAAGAAAUCACAGCUCCUGCUGGAGAACAGGCAGAGAGCACACAGACAGCCUCACAGGAACACAAUGAAGACAUGCACUACAAGUAUGAGGAACUUCACUCCAGGCUGUCCAUCACACCCGACUCUGAAAUCCCAGAGAACCUCCUGCACCUCUCUCACUCCUUUGGUUAUGACAGUAGGCGCAGAGGGAACCUGCAGCUGCUGGAUGACAGAACUCUGGUCUUUAUAGCAGGAAACCUGCUCGUCCUGCUGGACAUUUCCACCAAGGAGCAGAGAUACCUCCGCUCCUGCAGUGGAGGCGGAAUCGGCUCCAUCACGGUUCACCCUAGCAAAGAUUACUUUGUUGUAGCAGAGAAGGGAAACCAGCCCAACAUCAUUGUCUAUGAAUAUCCCUCAUUGCAACCGUACAGCAUCCUCAGAGGCGGUACAGAGCGGGCAUACAGCUCUGUGGAUUUUAACCAUGAUGGGAGCCUGCUGGCCAGCGUGGGGAGCGCACCCGACUUCAUGCUGACAGUGUGGGAUUGGAGGCAGGAGAAGCUGAUGCUGAGCUGCAAGGCCAUUUCUCAGGAGGUCUACAGAGUCAGCUUCUCCCCAUACAACGUUGGACUGCUCACAUCAUCAGGAUCUGGACACAUCAAGUUCUGGAAAAUGGCCAGCACAUUCACAGGUCUCAAAUUGCAAGGUCUUAUGGGACAUUUUGGGAAAACUGCAGCGACUGAUAUCGAGGGCUAUUUGGAACUUCCUGACGGAAAGGUGGUGUCCGGUUCAGGCUGGGGCAACUUGCUGCUGUGGGAUGGGAAUGCCAUCAAGGUGGAGAUUUGCCGUAAAGAGGGGCGGAACUGCCAUGCUGGGAUGGUCCAGCCAUUUACCCUAGAGGAUGGACAGCUGAUGACGAUUGGCUCUGAUGGAGUGGUCCGGGGCUGGGACUUUGAGAGCAUUGACACUGCCGACAGUAACGGCGACAGCAGCAUGUUUGAGAUGGAGCCCAUAAAUGAGAUGGUGGUUGGACACAACGUCUGCCUCUCGUCUGUGGUGAAGAGCUCCCUGCCUGAUUCCUUAAUCUGGUUUGCUCAGGAUUCCAAUGGAGCAAUCUGGAAACUGGAUCUUUCAUUCACCCACAUGACUCCUGAUCCAGAGUGCCUGUUUGCCUUCCAUGCCGGGCCGAUUCAGGGCCUGGACGUAUCGAGGAAAUCUCACCUGAUGGCUACGACCACUCUAGACCGUUCAGUCAAAGUGUUUGACUUCUUGGCAAAAAGAGAAUUGACCACCAGUCACUUUAAUCAGGGUGGAACUGCUGUCAGCUGGGCUCCACCUUUGGUGAACCAGAGUGGAGGUUUACUGGUGACGGGCUUUGAGGACGGCGUGGUCCGGUUACUGGAGCUGUACGACUCUCAGAGGCUGCAUGUGGCCACUGGGCACAGUCCCACAGGAGAUGCCAAGCUGCGCCUGAAGCAGGCCUUCAAACCCCAUAAUGCCCCCGUGACUGCUGUUGCGUAUGAGCGAAAUGGAGAGAUCUUAGCCACAGGGAGCUCAGACAGCACUGUGUUCUUCUUCACUGUCGGGGAGGAGUACAACGCCAUAGGCUUUGUCCACGUUCCCGGGCCAGUGCAGGCGCUGGAGUGGUCGCCUCAUUCCCACAGUGAAAACAGGCUGCUCAUCUUGUGUCAGAGUGGCCAUGUGGUCGAAGUGCACAGUCCUGAUCCAGAGGCCCGGAUGCCAACCAAAACCUUCCAGCUGCCCGAGCUGCCCAGCAGAUGUUUCAGGUUCAGGAGCAUCAAAUCUCGAAUCAAGAGAGAGGAGGAAAUUGCAAGACGUCUAGCUAUAAAGGAGAAGAAAAAGAAAGAGAGAGAAGAGAGGUUGAGAGAAUCAAAGCAGACAGAUGCAGAGCAAGAGGAAGGAGAAGAGGAGGGAGAGGAAGAGUUGCCCCCUAUCCACAUCCCCGACCCCCCAAGUCCUCUCUACUGUGGCUUCUACUCACAGCCUGGCCAGUUCUGGCUCUCCAUGGGAGACUUUGACUCAGGUUUCUUGUAUCACUGUAAGUUCUCUGAGAAGCAGGACCAGGAUCCGGACCAGCGACAGGACGAGCCCUUUGACUUCGUGCUUGUCCACAACGCAGACAAUGACCCCAUUCGCUCCGUCACCUUCAGUUCCAACAGGCAGCUGCUGUUCUGUGGCAUGCACUCAGGCUCAAUCAGGGUUUACCCCCUGCAGCCUGGUGACCACAGCCUCACCUCCAUGAAGGCCUACUGGGCUCUCAGUGUCCACGACAACCAAUAUGGACACCUGCAACACAUCCGCUGUAGCCAUGACGACCACUUUGUGCUGACGGCCGGAGAUGACGGAAACAUCUUCUCCUUCAGCCUGCUUCCUCAAGAGGAGCUCCAGAAAGGCCUGCAGAAAAAGAUGGCCACGGUUCCUUCACCCAGGGUGGGUCUUGAGAAUGAGUCAUUAGUCCAAGACAUUGAGGACCCAGCAGCCUACAGCAUAGAGACAGUGAAGCAGAGGCAGGAGGAGGAAAGUCUGCAUCGGCAGACUGAGCUGGGGCUUGUUGAGAAUCUGGCUGAGCUCCGGAAGAAGUUUGAACAGGUGCUGCACGACAACCAGUGUCUGCCGGAGCAUGUUCGCCUGAAACCUGAGGAGCUGCAGCUGGACCCGUGUUUCAGCGAGCAGGCAGAGAGGCUGAAGGCCCAGCGCGUGAGGGAGGUCAGACAGCAGCUGGCCUGGGAGCAGGAGCGCUGUAGCAUAGCACUCAGCAAACUACAGAACUGGUUCAGGGACUCUCCGGAGGCGAACGUGGUCACUGUGGUCGCCAUCUGCACUGACCACAGACUGUCCACCUACCCUCUGCCAGUGCUCACUGAGCCCUCAACCCAGCUCAGACAUCAGAGCAGAACCAGCCCGGACGAAGGAGAUGGAGCUGCUGCAUCCGAACGCACAAAAUCUAGAGCCGAGCCUGCAAACGACAGCAGCAAAGUAGAAGAGGAGGAGGUGGUGCGCCCCCGGGUGGCUCGUCCAGCACGGAUGAAGCCGGUAAAUCGGCAGGUCGAAAGGCUGCGAAAAGCUGCAGAGAAAGCUGAACAAGUUCGAGCCAAGAUAGAGAAGAGGAAGCAGGAAUGGGCCCAACUUUACGCAGAGAAGCCAGACGAGAACUGCGAGGACCCGCGGGAUGUGCAGGCGAUCCGCGAAGCCAAAGAGAACAUCGGAGACUUAAAACUGAAAUCAGCUAAAGACUUCACGUUGCCAAAACACAUGAAGAUGACUGCUGAGAGGAAGAGAGCAGAGCUGAUAGGCCUGGAGGAAAAUAUCCGUGAGCGGCAGACUGAGAUGAAUAAACGCAUCAUGGCGUUGCGUGACUGUAAGGUUCGCCUGGUGUCUCAGCUGCGCGCUCAGGCUCAGCAGGCCCAGAGGGUCCAGCAGCGUCUGGCAGCCCAUCUCCACCGCCCAAUACCCACUGUGCCUAAUAUGCUACCAGAGGAAACCCCAGAGAAGAGGCUGCAGUACAGCCGUGCCACCAUAGAGCGAUACCGGGUUCUGAGGGAACAGAGGUACAGAAGCCUGGAGCAGGAGGGAGCUGCAAGUUUAUUGGAGCUGCUGGAGAAUGAGAUGAAAGGACAGGAGGGGAAAGAGGAGGAAGAAGAAGAGGAGAGAGGAGAGGAAAGGACUCCCGGCCUGUCAGCUUCAUCUGUAGCCAGAGAAGAAGAAGAGACAGCAGUGGAGGAAGGAGCAGAGCUGAGUGAGCUGGAGGAGGAGCUCCAGAGGGAGGAGGAGAUCAGACUGCUGUACGAGCGGGACUCUUUGCUGGAGCAGAUGGAGGUUUCGGUCUGCGAGUUUGACACAGAGCACCAGCUGCUGCGUCACCAGAAGCUGCAUCUGGACUGGCAGCUGAACGGGGCCAGCCUCCGUCAGCUGACGCUCAACCAGGAGCUGCUGCUCCUCAUAAAGUCUGAGAGGAGGGAGGACAGCCUGCAGGAGAAGCUCAACGGAUACGUUAAGGAGGAGAACAGCGUCACGUGUAAGCUGGAGGAGUGUAAUGCACAGCUGGAGCUGAAGCAUGGAGAGAUAGCCAAGCUGCAGGAGAGAGAGAGGGCCUUGACUGCUGCCUUCCAGGCCUCCCUGGGCAGGAAGAACAAGUUUGAAGAGUUUCUGACUGAAGUCUUCAGGAAGAAGAUCAAACGUGUUAAGAAGAAGGAGCAGAAGGGAAAUGAAGGUGAGAGGAAGGAACACAAUUGUACAAAUGAGGAGGACAGUGAUGGCUCUGAUGAUGAUGAUUAUGACAGCGGCACAGAGGACGGAGGAGCUGCUCUGGACACUGUCUGCCCUCCAGGCUGUGGGCCAGACUUGUUUGAGAACACACUGCAGCUGCGUAAGCGUCGGCUGGACCUGGAGGAACUGCUGGCGGAGAAGAAGAAGAGUGCCGAAGCUCUGAAGAAGGAGUGUGACACCUUUGCUAAGAAGGAGAAGUCACUGAAGAGCAGCCGGAAGGCAGCAGAGGACGACUUGGAGUUAUUACACAGAGAGAAACAGCAGAGAAUGAAUGAGCUGGACGUGGUGGUUCCUCUCAGACUGAGCCAGAUUGAGUUUGUCUCCAACGGCACGGUGCCGUCCGACCUGAGCCCAGCGUUGGUGGUGGACAAGACGGAGCUGAGACGACUGCAGGAGCGCAUCAAGCAGUUGGAGGUGGAGAAGAGCCAACAGAGAGAUCUGUACCGUCAGUCCCGGCAGCAGCAUGCCAGGCUCAUUCAUGACCGCAAAGACAUGGGCGCCAAGAUCCAGGUGCUGGAGAAGCAGUGCAACCAGCCGAUGAUGACGAAGUAUGGGAGGCUGGUGGAUCUGGACGCUCUGCAGACACUGUCACUGUACGGAAGGCUGGAGGAGCUCACGCAGAAAAAACUCCUUCAAGAAGCUGCUCACCGCAAGGAAAUCAAACAGUGGGAUGCAAACGUAGAAGAGGCACGUGACAAUCUGAAUGCAGUGACCAGGUGUUACACAGAGAAUCUCCUCAGCCUGACGAGCCUCACAGAACAGAACAGAGAGCUGGAGCGUAAACUCAACGCCAGGCAGAAGAAAAUGGUGAAACAGUUUCAGGAUGACAGGAGGCGCAAGAAGGAUCAGAAGGUGAUUCAGAGGCUUCAGGAGCAGGCGAAAACACAGUCGCAGCAGGCCGAGGCCUUCAAGAGAGAGAUUGCCCUCCUCUCCCGUAAAGGGGGCCACGUCCUGCCCCCCGUCCAGCCCCCCGUCAAGUCCCCCGUCGAGCCCCCCAUCCUGCCCCCCGUCAAGCCCCCCGUCAAGACCCCCAUCGUGAACCUCGUCCUGCCCCCCGUCCCGCCCCCGCUGCCACCGCUCCCCCCUUUGUCCACCCCCACAGGCCGCACUCGCACAGGCAAACAAGGACCAGGUCAUCGUCCCAAACAGCUCAAAGCUCAAAACUCAGCCGGCAGACCAGGAGCUAAUUCAGAGAGGGCAGAGGCCAGAGAAUAG